AUGCUAACUCGGUCGCCAACGUCGCCAACCUACAGCCGUCGCAGGGCCAGCAGGGGAGCGCAGGGUGGCGGAGAAAGUCGGGCGACUACUGCAUUCCUCUCCUCCCCUCCUUCCCCUCGCCCGUCCUUUCCUUCCCUCCUUCCCUACAUCUCUCCUUUCCUCCCCUCCUCGCCUCAGGUCUCCCCGUCUCGCAUUCAAGUGCGAAGCGCGGCCGCGGAUUCGUCAAGCGGCCACGGCAGGGCGAGCAGGGAGGCGCAGGCCGCCAAGGAGGCCAUGGAGAUGCUGUGGCGCUCGCACAGCGGGGGCGGUGCUGCUGACGGGCUGAAUCAAAGCGGGGUGAACCACAGCGGAGGAGUGAGCCAUGGUGGGAUGCAGCAGGCUCACGCGCAGCCGCUGUCCAUGCCUGGCGGGGGGUUUGAGUAUGGCGAGGAGGAGGGGGAGGGUGCGGGCCCAGGGGGGUUCACCCCAGAGAGCGUGCGAUCGUUGCUGGAGGCUCUUGAACUGGAGGCGGCAGAGGAGUCGAAACACGCGCUCAGCAUCGUGGACCGCGUGCUGUGGGUGGACAAGCGAGUGCGCGACUACAUGACGCCCAACCCCAUCUGCCUGCACCGUGACAUGUCGCUCCGCGACGCCGCUCAGGUGACACAGGGAGGGGCGGGUCAGGGGAGGGAUAGGCGGAUCUUCCUGCGCCAUCGCAUCAGCGGGGCGCCAGUGGUGGAGGUGGCGGAUGCAGAGGACGGCGGGGUGGGGCUGAGCAAGGUGGUGGGUGUGCUGUCUCAGCGCGACAUCAUGUGGAAGGAGCUCCGGACGCAUGGCAUGGUGGGUGCCAUAUGCGCGGAGGAGGAGUUUCUACGGCGCCUGGCCAACUACCAGGACCACCUCAACCAGGGGCCUCGGGUGGACAAGCUGCGCCAGCACCUCAGAAAGGCUGCCUCGCUACGGGUGGCGGAGUUGGUGACAGACACGGUGCUGCAGGUGCAGCAGCUGGUGGUUUGUCAAACACUCAUGCUUCCCCCCCCUUCCGCCCUCAAACCCUCCCCCGCCCCUCUCCCCAUGUGCUGUAGUGUGGAGGAGUCGAUGACGGACACGGUGCUGCAGGUGGAGGAGGACUCGUUCAUGGUGGACGCCACUGAGAUCAUGCUCAACUGCAAUGUGCGUACAGUGCAGUUCAUGUUGCUCGUGUCUCGCCUGCCUGUGGUGGCGCGGCUCCCGGAUGGUCGCAGGACUCUCACAGGCAUCAUCACAUGCAGCGACAUUCUGCGGCACACGCUGCUGCUGCUCUAG